CAUGAUUGAUAUUAACAUGGGAUGAGUGUUGCGGGCUUUUUACUAGAAUGCCAGUGCACCGAUCAUGGCGUUUUACCCCUUCUUUUCCUGAAUAACUGAAAAGCCCGCUUUUCUCCUCCGCAAGUCCAUUCACCAUGCCAGUAAUUCGACGUCUACUUCGCGAGGAAAUUACUUACUCUUCUGCAAAUGAGAAAGAAGUUAAUAUACUUCACCGCCUAAGCUAUCCCAGCCAGGAAUCACAAUUCUUCGCGCUUCUUCAUAGGAGGUGCAACUGGGUUAGAGCAAUUAUUGCCCAUCACUUGAACCUUGAAUCGCCUGAUGAAUGCGAUGUUGAUGUAGAGAACUGGCUCCAUGGAAGCUACAAUAAAGGAAAGAAACGGCCUGGAGACCGUGUCAUGCUUCGGCUUCCUCUUCCAUAUCAUGUUGGUGAGGCUUUUCGGCUAGGAAAUGCGGAUGAGAGAGUCCGAUGUGAGGCGGGCACUUAUGCUUGGCUGGAAGACAACUGUCCCGAUAUACCAAUCCCGCGGCUGUAUGACUUUGUGCAAUGUCUACAGGCGAAACUGUAUGGAAAUGUGCAGCCCUAA